GGCUAAACAUGGUACUGCAUCAUUUAUGUGCGAGUGUGUUUUGAGUCCGUUUAUGUUGCUGCACAUCGACCAACGCCACUGUGUGAAGCUAAAGGAGCUACCAUCUCUCUCAGACAGAUCCAGAGCAACGGUGAGACUCGGAUAAUCUGUUGAGCAUUUUAAAACACUGACUUCUUCCCGCAUCAGCUGCACCGCCACCGACAUCUUGGCUGUUUUUGGCUGCAUCCAAAAACUGCCUGAACUAAAUUCUUUUGGGGGGAAAUAAGAAGAAGAACAAGAAGAAGAAGGGGGAAAUAAAAAUCAGCUGCUUUCCCCUGAAUCGCAUCAUCCGUGCGGGUUUUCAGGCUUAAGAACCAGACAUAAAGAAUAACAGGGGUCUGGGCGCACUGACUUUAACCUUUAAUUUCUGCUCGGAUUCCUCCGCUUUGUGUCCAGGAGUGCAGACAUGGCAGAGCAUCUCUCCCAGAGUGAGCUGGACUACCCAUUCAAACUUCUGGAGUAUUUUAAUGGCUUCAGGGUGUCAAAGGUGAUAUUUUCAGCCUGUGAGCUGGGAGUGUUUGACCUUCUGCUGAAGUCCCAGGAAGCCUUGAGUGCCCAGCAUGUGGCCCAGGAGCUGGGCACCAGCAUGGAUGGCAUGGAGAGGCUCCUGGAUGCCCUGGUGGGGAUUGAAAUCCUGGAAGUGGAGAACAGAGAUGGGACAGCGUUGUACAGCAGCACGGAUGUAGCAAACCUUUACCUGGCCAAGGGCAGUGCCAAGUCUCUCCAUGACAUGAUCAUCUACCAAUCCCAAACCAUUUACCCACUGUGGAACAACAUGGUGGAUGCCAUCAGGGAGGGAAAGAAUCAGAAUGAAAAGACCUUUGGGCUUCCGUCUGAAGAGGUUUUCCAAGCUAUUUACAGGUCAGAGGAGGAGAUGUUGAAAUUUAUGGGUCUAAUGAACUCCUCGUGGGUUCUUGACGGACACGACAUUGUGACAGCGUUCAACCUCUCUUGUUUUCAGAGGAUAGUUGAUCUUGGAGGUUGCACUGGUGCUCUGGCCUGUGAGAUGGCGAAGGUGUAUCCCUCUUCCUCCAUCACAGUGUUCGACCUGCCGGAUGUCGUACAAGCAGCCCAGAAACAUUUCCCACUGGAGAAUGAUGCUGUUGUAUUUCAAACUGGAGAUUUCUUCACUGAUGAAAUCCCGGCUGCUGACUUGUACGUUCUGGCCAGAAUCAUUCACGACUGGCCCGUAGAGAAGUGCCUGAAACUGCUGAAGAAGAUCUAUGACGCUUGUAAACCCGGUUGUGGCAUCCUGUUGGUGGAAGCUAUGCUGUUUGAAAACAGGCGUGGGCCGGUCAUGGUUCAGAUUUUCUCCCUCAACAUGCUGGUGCAGGCAGAGGGCAGGGAGCGUCCACCGUCCCAAUACACCCACAUGCUCAACAAGACAGGCUUCCACAAUGUUCAGGUCUGCAGAACUGGCAAGUCCUACGACGCCAUUUUGGCCACCAGAUGAGCCUCUCACUCAGGUCGUCCGUCUGAUGAAGUGAAAAACACUGAACUGGAAUAUUUCAAAGCCAUUUUAGGGUUUGGAGGCAAACGAGAAAACUAGAAGCUUUGCUAAAAGACAUGUUGUACACACAGAUGCCCAGUUUAUUUGAUCAACCUGCUGUGACAUAUUAAAAUAUUGUGUUUACAACUCGUUUUUCAGGGCUCAUACAUCAUUCAGGGCAACAUUCUCUGGCCUGUUGCUGCUGAAUAACAUUUUUUUUAUCAAUACAGUGUAAAUUAUGCUGGUAACAUAUUUCUGCAUCUUUGCUCAGAAUUUGAACAAAACAUAAGAAUCAAUCCACACAAAAAGAGUAAUUAUGCAUUUUAUGAAAAAACUGAUUUUUGUGUGAAAGUUUGGAGUUGGAUCAGGACAGUCAAAUAGCUAUAAAAGUUGUUUUAGCUUAGCAUAAAGAUUAUUAAUGGGGGAGGCAGCUGGCCUGACUCUGUCCUUUUGAGACUGACAUUUAAAAGCUCUCUAUCAGCACAUUGUUUUUUAACUGUACACAUUUUUAAGAAGUGGUGCAUGUGCAGUGGUUUCUGUUUCUAAUCUAAACUAAGCUGGUCUUCUCAUUGACCUAAGGCAAAUAGGGAGUUUUGUGAACCACUUCUUUUAUAGUUCUCAGUAUAAUAUUUCAAAUAAUUUUGCACUGAUAGACAUACUCUGAUUAGGAUGACUACUGACGUUAGUUAAAAAACUAGGCUCAGGGCACUUACAGAGAAAGUAAAAAAAAAAAUGUUAGCAUGAUACCAUGCAAAACAAAAAUACUUUGCAUUGUCAUUGGUAAUUUUAAAAUGUUAAUAUACCUUAUAAGUGCAACUUUCAUAUUAGCAUUGAAUUAAAAAUGUUAGCAUAGUGAGAUCCUUAAACUGUUCCAGAAAAAGUUCAGAUGCUAACAUCUUAAAUUGUUAAAUACAUUAACUUUGUCAUUCGUAAUUAGUAAAUGUAAACCUGUUUAUGUUGUGCCUAUGUAGCCUCACAAAGUUGAUAUUAUGCAGAACUGAGUUUCAAUUUUACAAGAAAAAUUUUCUCAUUAGUAAUAGUAAAAUGUUUUUAAUAUUCCAUUUAACCUUAACAAGAAUCAAAAUCCAAAUAGUUCUGUGUAUUAUAUCAAAUUGUUGUUGUGACUGGUCAAAAUGUUUCUACAGCAUUUUGUUGGUGUUAUCUACAAUUUGUGGACCACUUAUUCAUAUAUCAGGAAAAGCUUCUUAUAAUGACCCAAAAUAUUACAGCAUUAUUUAAAAAGCUUAGCUUUUGAUUCAUUUACUACAUUAUAGAAAUUUUUAGAAAAGAGAAAUAUGUAUAACCCUGGAUUGGUCGAUUUUGUCAUGAUAUUUUAACAUUUUUUUCCAUACAUUUGCAAUUAUAUUAGCAAUGUUCAGUGUUUAGAAAAAUAAAUAAAUAAGAAAACUAUCAGAGCAAAUCUCUUAUGAAGUUAAAAUACAAUAUUUCCCUUUGUACACACUGAUUAUAUGCUGUUGUCCAGUUACAAUAAUCAGCCAUCAGAAAUACUGUGUUUUUAUAGCUUCGUUGCUGCCAGUUUGCACAGAAAAAGGAAUUUCGUUGAAAUAUAUGUGCAUCUUUAAGUCCAGCUCCGGUCCUCGAGGGCCACAAUCCUGCAGGUUUUCGAUGUGUCCCUCCUCCAAAAACACCUGACUCAAAUUACUGAGUCAUUGUGCAAAACUUAAUAGGCUGUUGGAUCUAUUUAAUUUGAGCCAGGUGUGUUGGAGCAGGAAACACUGAAAACCUGCAGAACAGCAGCCCUUGAGGACCGACUUUGGACACCCUUGCUUUAAGUCAAAAUGAUACAACACGUGUAAUAUUAAAAAUCUACAUAAUACAUGGAGCAUUAAGGAAUAGAAUUUAACAUGAAUUUAAAAUUAGAAUAAUAGCAGCUACCAUGCAUUAUUACAAAUAUUGCAAUGAUUAUCCAUUUUAUCAGUCUUAAAUCAUCACACAAUCUAAUGCAUCUUACUCAGUAUAUUUUGUUAGUGGCUCUUAGUUGUUGAGGAUGCAAACACCCAGAGAGAUGUUGUGAUGCUGUGUUGUGUUUAAAUGUGUCUUGAAUGUUUCCUUCUCAGACUGCACAUUAAUCAGGCUAAGCUUGAGUCAACCCUUCAUCAUAAGCUACAUUUCCUUCAGUCAUUCAUUCCUUCUCUUAAAACUGGUUGAAAGAAAAUUACAGUGAUAUUGUUCAGUAAGUUGUUGUUUGAUGCAUUUCUGGGUCCAUUUAGCUGCUUUAUGUGUUUUUAUGGUGUCAUUUUAUGGUGUUAUUUUAUGGUACUGAGAGCAGCAGGUGUGAUUUGACAUCUGAAAUGAGUUAACAUUUUUUCAGAUAGUAAGUACAAUCAUUACACAGGAGAUAUGAACAAUACAGGUGCAGUGAGGAUUUGUCUUUUUUAAAAAGGAGUAUGUCAUUGAUUGGGAGUGAAUUGGUAUUUUGACAUUAAGACACAUUAAGACCUUUCUGAAAAGGCACAGUGCUAAAAACUUGUUUGUGUUUUCCUGUUAUAUCACAAAACAUAUUGAAAGCAGAGACACACAAGAUGGUUAUUCUCUGUAAAGAUUCUUUUUCUUUUUAAAUGUUGCAUUCAUUAAAAAUCUCAUGUAUAUA